UGCUGUCGGGGCUCAGUGUUGGGUCGCCUGCCACGGAGCAAAGUGUAGUAUCCCACCACUUGCGACGCCCAAACAUGGUUCCUUGCCCUUGUGCGUCUAAUAUACCCUGAUCCGCGGGAGGAAACUCCUGCGACGAGGUGUGUGUGCGUUGCCUGACAAACCAGCGACGCAGAACGGUGGAUCUUUAACGCCAAACAGUGCAAUCGAAUCUUAGUCCUCGGCCAGCCUGUGUUGUGUGAGAGAGAGAAGGAGAGAGAGCGAGCGAGCGAGCGCUGGAAGAAAAAGAGCACACAAAUUAGGAGGAUUACAUCGAAGCGUAGGUGGUGUUGCCUGGCGAUCUGAAUACAAGAAGACAGAAACGAAGGAAGCUGAGAAUCGGAAUAGAACACCCACAGCCUAAAAAAUAAACGAAAGCAAAACACUGACGAGUCCCCGCAGAGCCUUGGAAGCCUUAACAGCUGUCGGGGGAGGUGACUGCGGCCCUGGAGAAGCGGGGGAGAGCUGCGGCCAGGAGGGGGUGAGGCAGGAGUGAGGCAGGUCUGUGGCGUGGCUGUGGAGGCGGCGGCGGCGCUGAGUGUCUGCAGCGUGGCACAGAGCGCUUAGGUCAUGCCGCUCUUUGGGUCCAAGAAGGAAGCCUCCAAAAAGUGCACGAAAAAGGAGAAAGAGGAAGGAAAGAUGCCGUCGGUGGAAGACAAAUACGUUCUGAAGGACUUGCUGGGAACCGGCGCGUUCUCGCAGGUGCGUCUGGCGGAGGUGAAGGAAGACCCGUCCCGUGUGGUGGCCAUCAAAAUCAUCGACAAAAAAGCGCUCAAGGGCAAGGAGGAUUCGCUCGAGAAUGAGAUUAAGGUCUUACGAAGGCUAACGCACCCCAACAUAGUUCAGCUCUUAGAAACGUUUGAAGAUAAACACAAAGUCUAUUUGGUAAUGGAAUUGGUUACUGGAGGAGAACUUUUUGACCGCAUCGUGGAGAAGGGCUCCUACACAGAGAAGGAUGCAGCCGACCUCAUCAGACAGGUCCUGGAGGCUGUGGACUACAUGCACGAACAAGGGGUUGUACACAGGGACUUAAAGCCCGAGAAUCUCCUUUACUUCAGCCAAGAUGAGGACAGCAAGAUAAUGAUCAGUGACUUUGGGCUCAGCAAGAUGGAAGACUCGGGCAUCAUGGCGACAGCCUGUGGCACGCCGGGUUAUGUGGCCCCAGAGGUGUUGGCACAGAAGCCCUACGGGAAGGCCGUGGAUGUAUGGAGUAUAGGAGUCAUCGCCUACAUCCUCCUCUGUGGUUACCCGCCUUUCUACGAUGAAAAUGAUGCCAACCUUUUUGCACAGAUUCUCAAAGGUGAAUUUGAGUUUGACUCGCCUUACUGGGAUGAAAUCAGCGACUCUGCAAAAGAUUUCAUCCGGCAGUUGAUGUGUGUUGAUGUGGAGAGGAGGUACACCUGCAAGCAGUCCCUCAGCCACCCCUGGAUCUCGGGUAACGCUGCCAGUGACAGGAACAUCCACAGCUCCGUCUCCGAGCAGCUGAAGAAGAACUUUGCUAAGAGCCGAUGGAGGCAAGCCUACAACGCAACAGCCGUGAUCCGCCAAAUGAGGCUAAUGGCACUGAGCACACAGCGUGAAAAGAAGGACCCCAGUGACACCAACGCCAACAACACCACCUCCACCACUACCACCGCCUCCUCCUCCACCACCACAUCCACCACCACCUCCUCCUCCUCCACCAACACUACCAAAACCACUACCACCACUCUGAGAGAAAAUGCCCACUAGUUUUCCUCACAGCUUGCUGCUGCUGCUGCAUCUUGUUUAUUUUUUUCUUCAUCAACAUUGUGAUGUCAUCAGGUUCCCUUCAGUGGUUGUUUGCAUUUUCAACAGGACAGACGUGUGCGGUGGCAGCCCAUGGGAUUGGCUGUCCAGUCCUCGAGGGCCAGACCCAAUGGUCAUGAGGAAUUUAUUUGGUUGUGUAAGUUGAGUGCCAAGUCCUUGAGUUAAUUAAUGGCUGUUUGUCCUCUGACAAUGUUCACACAAUGCUGAAUGGCACACAGAAUGCCGGUUUAUUUUGUGGUUCUCCAUGUCCUCACCCAGGCAAUGACUGGCUCAACCUGAGCCUCUUGUGGGCUCCUCAACUUCACUUUACUUGUGAUUGAUUCUAAAAGCUGAUAGUUAUUUUUGUAUAAUAUUUACAAAUAUUUUUCACUUUGCAGUUGGUAGUCUCCCAGUUUAUAAAGCAACCAUUUCCAUGAGGUUUAGGGAUAAAAAUGUUCUUCAUAGAAACACUAAAAUUUUGUAUCAUGCACAGCGUCAUGCCUCCAGUCACCCUCGGCGUGACCCACUGCCGGAGGACAGUUUGAAGUGCUGCAGAUGUUAACUCAAAUAAGUUAGCUCCAGAAAGCACUCAUGACUGCAGCACUUACUCACUCCCUCAUCCUUAGCAGUGAAAUAGACCUGUAGCUGUUGGUUGAUGCACUACAUAGCUCAGUCCAGUGUUCAGCUUGUUAUCCUUAUCCUCUGCCAGUUUGUGAGGCAAAGGUGGAAGCUUCUUGUAUGCAUUCACAGUUCAUUUGAUGGACUUGAAGGCUGACUUAGUGACGCAUUAAUAUCUCCUUGUUUGGAGGUUUUGUAUAUGCUGGGACAGGGAAUAAGUAUCCUGUUGUUAUUUUAGCUUAGCCAAUGAUUUUUCCUUCAUACACAGUGUUUGAAGUUUAUGGUGUUGGAAAAUCACUUCUGUCCAACUAAGGACCUGUUGUCUUUCAUGCCACACAUGAUAUUUUGACAUGUAAAGAAGAAUGGGAACUGUAUGAACUAUUAGACAGUAUACAUAUACAUAUAUAAAUAUAAAUAUAUAUAUUUAGCAUAAAUAUUUAUUCCUGUGGGCACUGAAGCUCUCUGUUAAUCAAAUUUUGUACUUGUGCAAUUGCCUCUUAACACGAGACACAAACAGGAAGGAACUGCUAGACAGGGCUCGUGUGGCACACUGGGCGAUGUGUGAUUUUGAUCUACGCAAAGUUUGUAAAUUUCUAAGUGCAAUUUUUGAGCAGUAAUGGUGAUUCUUCAUUUAUUUUGUUCAUUAUUUUCCAUUACAGAAGUUAUAUUCUUGGUGUUCUGUAGUAAGUCCUCCUUGGUCUUGAGAAUUUGCUGAAGGCUAGCAAAAUAACAGCUUUAGGCUGAGUGUUGGGAUGAAGUCUGGUCGUGUAGUGUGAGGGAAGUUUUUUCCAGCCUGCCAGCAAGGAGUCAAGCACCAUGGUCAACAGUCAUGCACACUUAAGUAGCACAAAGUUCUAUUGAGCUGUCAAGGCUCAAGUCAGUUCUUCCCUGCCAGUCUGUGGUUGGAAGUUAUUUCAAUUUGAAAAUAAAAUGGUUUCUUUUUUGUGGACAACCAUUUUAAAUAAAUCUUUGUAACUGUACAUAUUUUCAUAGUUAUGGAAUUCAAUCUUUUCAGUGUGUGAAAAAUAAAGGUUAAUUGUAACAUUUUCCUGACUUGAGCUUUUCGUAAACACUUGAAUGUAGUCACCACCAAAUGAAUGUGUACUCCUAUUUUUCAAAUUUUAUCCAUAUUAGCAAUCUUUAUAGAUGGUAGUCAAGGCAAAUUAGUAGUGUGUAGGAUUUUUCAAAUAUUGCAUCAGUAGAUAGUAUGCAAACCUUUCAAUGACUUCAUAUAAUCUCAAUGCAUGAUGCCAUUGGAAAAGAAAAUGUUGUUGGUGGCAUUAUUGUAAGAGCCUAGCCCACCACAAGGUGUUAGAGGCUUGGCAUAACUUGAGGUUUCUAGCAAAUUGUGGUGGUGCCUCCCAAGGCCAGCACGAGUAGGGCUUGUCAGGACUCCCCCGCAGCGACAGGGAGCGAGGUGCCACAUGGCCUAAUGAUAUCCUUCCAUUAAUGCACAUAAUAUGCCUGUACUCUCCUGCACCUCAUGGUUGUGUGUGUGUGUGUGUGUGUUUGUGUGUGUGUGUGUGUUUUAUUUUUAUUUUCCUUUUUUUGUGCGUUUGCAGGUAUAAGUAUGUGAAAGUGUGUGCACGUAUUUGCUUGUGCUGGUGAUUGUUGCUUGUUUGCCUUGGGUUUGAAAUUGAAGGUACAGUGGCUGCAUGAAUAUGGCCCAAACUAUUAAAUCUUUACCAAUGGAAGUGACCUGCAGGACUGCCCUGUGUUCGGAGGCAUUUUCAAUUAAUUGGAUAAUUGAGGUUUAAUGUCAAGUGAAAAAUUGUCACCAAUGCAUAAAGUUGAUGUGGAUAAGGGAUAAGUAUUAAAUAUUUUCUGUCCAUUGCCUGGCAUGUACUUUAAUGAUUUUAUUGGGUAUAUAGAAUGGUAAACUGAAACACUUAUGAUAACUAGCUCUAUGAUAUUUAGUCCGGUCAGACAAAUUUUCCUCAGAAGGAUUUUUGCCUCAGACAGUAAAACAUGGCAUUGACAGGUUCCCAGUAGGGUGACCUUGAGACUCCCCAGAUGAUCAGUGUGCCCCUAGUGGAGAGUUUUUCCAACACACCAGUGACUCAUAACCAGAGUAUUUGUACAGUUAUGCACCACAUAGUGUGUAAGAUUCCUGCCCAUCCAAAGUUUACAAAAUUUGCUUGUAGCUCUAGUUCUUUCUGCCUUCUUGAAUGCCUGGCUCUGUCCUCUUGUGACUGAGUUAUACAGAAUCCAACACCUUCACUUUAGGUAUGCAUAAAUGCCUUAAUUCAGAGUCUGUGCUGUUGGUAACUCUGUGGAGGCUGCUUGCUACCCAUCUCUGCUGACAGACAGCAGAGGCAACCUACAAAACAUCCCACUUCCCUGUGUUGGGGAAGUGGGUGCAUGAAUAACAGGUCACCAGUUUUACUGUUAUGUCGCAUAUGCAACAUAGAAUUUUCGCAGCAAGUACAUCCUGACUCGUGAAAAAUUCAUCACCACUCAACUGCUGGGGGAAAAAAAAAAAAAAAAAAUCUUUUGAACUAAGAGCCAAGCUAACUUCCUAAUCUUCAUUUUUCUUCCUCUCUCAAACUUUGCAGUUCCCACUCUGUACUUGAAGUGAGAAGCAACUUGAUUAAGUCUAAUUUUGUUAUUCAUUGAAACUGUCCCACCACUUUCAUGUGAAUUGAUUUGGUAGUAUGUGUUUAAUUUUCAGAAAUCCAUAUAGGGAGUCUAGUACUACUUUACCAAUCAUUUGAGUCUGGAACCAUGGGGUAUGAAUUUUCUAGAUUGUAAAGGGUAUAUGUAUAAUAAUAUUACUACAUAAUUAUAUUGUUUUAGAAUAGUUGGAAUUGUUAAAUCCUAAAGGAAGGUUUUGAAACGUCAAGUACUUUUUUUCAUUGGAUAUUUUUUUUUAUAAGUGAGGGUUCCCAGUGGUGCCCUGGUUAGUGUGGCACCACUCCCAUCCAGCACACACACUCGCUCUUCUCGUCUCUACCCAUGUUUUACAAGCUUCUACAAAUUUGACUGUUUCAUUAUAAAACAAUAAAAUGGGAUUUAC